AUGUUUGUUCCCAUCCUCUCAGAGCUGGGCGCCAACCCUCUGGCCAACAGCGGCAUCGAGCCGGGGGCGUUUGAGGGCCUUUCCACGCUGUACGUCGGGAUGGCCGAGGCCAAACUCACCGCGGUGCCCAAAGACCUCCCUUCUUCAAUCACUGAGCUGAGCCUGGACUACAACAAGAUCUCAAAGGUGGAAGUGGAAGACUUCAUCAGAUACAAAAACCUGCAGAGAAACAUUGACCUCCCGUCUUCAAUCACUGAGCUGAGCCUGGACUACAACAAGAUCUCAAAGGUGGAAGUGGAAGACUUCAUCAGAUACAAAAACCUGCAGCGGUUGGGACUGGCCUUUAACCAGAUCCGUUCUGUGGAGAACGGCAGUUUUUCCAGCAUCCCGAACAUCCGCGAGAUCCACCUGAACCACAACCGUCUGAAGAGGGUCCCGCCGGGCCUCAGCGCCCUGCGCUACCUCCAGCCCUCUGCCGCCCCCUGGUGCGUGAAGAAGAACCUGUACACGGGCAUUAGCCUGUUCGCUAACCCCGUUAAAUACUGGAACAUCCAGCCGGUGGCCUUCCGCUGCGUUAGCGGCCGGAGGGGCAUCCAGCUGGGCAACUUCAGGAGGAAGUAG